GUUUUGUUUUGUUUUUUUGAAUUGGGUUUGGCAGUUCCAUGUUAUUUAGAGGCAAUUCGAACUCAAGAGGCCCUGGCAUGGUGUUUCUGAUGGAUUAAGAAAUAAAGGGCGGCUUUGUGGGGGUUUUGUUUUGUUUUCUGGGUUUCGUAGUUAUUGGAAUCCAUUGCAUUGGGAAAGCAAGGUUCUUGUUUUGAUUGAAUUUGAAGCUUGGCAGUUGACUUGAAAAGAGUUUUGCAAUAAAAUUCUGGUUCUGGGUAUUUGAGAAACUUGAGAUUUUAGUUUUUCGCUUUGCUUCUGGGGAAUUUGUGGAUUCUGGGGUUUGAGGGCCUAACGAAAGUUUUGUGACUGAGGAAUUGGGAAAGUAGGAUGGAUGAUUCCCAGGGUGGUUCGAAUUCGCUGCCUCCGUUCCUUUCAAAGACGUACGAGAUGGUGGAUGAUCCCUCCACUGAUUCAGUUGUGUCGUGGAGCCCGAGUAAUAACAGCUUUGUCGUGUGGAAUCCUCCGGAGUUUGCGAGGGUUCUGCUGCCGAAGUUCUUUAAGCACAAUAACUUCUCAAGCUUCAUUAGACAGCUGAAUACAUAUGGUUUUAGAAAAAUUGAUCCGGAACAAUGGGAAUUUGCGAAUGAAGAUUUUAUGAGAGGUCAGCCACACCUUUUGAAAAACAUUCACAGACGAAAACCCGUUCAUAGUCACUCAAUGCAGAAUCUGCAAGGACAAGGAAGUGCAUCGCCUUUAAGUGAAUCGGAAAGACAGAGUUUGAAGGAGAAGAUUGAGAGGCUUAAAAAUGAUAGGGAGCAGCUUCUCUUGGAGUCACAGAGGAAUGAAGAGGAGCGGCGUGGAUACGAGCUACAAAUACAGCGAUUCAAGGAGCGUUUGCAGCAAAUAGAGCUGCGACAGCAAAAUAUGAUGUCCUCUGUUAUUGGAGUCUUGCGGAAACCAGGACUUGCCUUGAAUCUUGUGACACAACUGGAAAAUCAUGACAGAAAGAGAAGGCUGCCAAGAAUCAGUUAUUUUUAUGAUGAAGCCGACAUUGAAGAUGAUCAGAUGGAGACUUCGCAAAGUUUACCUAGAGAAAGUGGGGCGAGUGCUUCUACUUUGACAUUGAAAAUGGACGCGUUUGAGCACUUGGAGUCAUCGUUGUUAUUUUGGGAGAGUGUUGUGCAUGAUUUUGGUCAAACUUGUGUUGAACAAAAUUCAAGCGUGGUAUUAGAUGAAUCCACGAGUUGUGCUGACAGCCCUGCUAUAUCUGGCUUACAGCUUAAUGUUGACAUUCGGCCUAAAUCUCCUGGAAUUGACAUGAACUCUGAACCUGCUACAGUUGCUGCUCCAGACUCUGUUGAGCCUGUUACCUCCGAAGAACAAGCAGUCGUGAAUGCUGCUACUUUGCCCACUGGGGUCAAUGAUGUAUUCUGGGAACAGUUUUUGACUGAGAAUCCUGGUUCAUCCGAAGCACAGGAAUUUCAAUCAGAAAGAAAGGAAUCAAUGGCUGAAAGAAUGAAACCAAACCUGGCAAUCAUGGCCAAUUUUAGUGGAAGAUAAAUAAUGGAAAUUAACCUUGCCUAGCGGUUGGGGCAUCUUACUCCAACAGAAAGGACUUGAUACCGGUUGAUUCCUUUCUCCGGCUUUUGAUGCCCCAGUGGCUCACAUGUAAUAAAUUUAGGUACGGAUUGGUUUAUUCUGGUUCUAAAUAAGUUUGUCUUCUUUUGUUUACCGUUUUUGUUUCAAUAGCAACUUCAAUUAAUUCCCAGAGCUUAGCAUUAACAUUAAUUUUAGUAUGUUUACAAACAUUUAUUGUUGACCUGAUAUAUAUCUGAAGACAAUGUAUGUUUGUUUACAAUGUGUGCACAAAAAUACACAUCGAUGGUAUGAUAAGACAAGAAUUAAGUAAUCUUUGUUUCC